GGGGGAGAGAUGUGGUUGGCGACUGCUGCUCCUCGCUAAAUUAGCUGGCCGCAGCCUUUCAGGGACACCUCUCACGGAGCACCGCAGCUCUCAGCGCAGUAAAUUAACAUGGCUGCAGAGCUCUCCACGUCCAUAAACAUCAAGGAGCCCCGCUGGGACCAGAGCACAUUUGUGGGCCGCGCUAAGCAUUUCUUCACCGUCACUGACCCGCGGAACGUCCUGCUCACCAACGAACAACUAGCACAUGCGCACAAAAUCGUCACAGACUACAGGCAGGGUAUAGUCUCCCCGGGGCUGACAGAAGAUGAGCUGUGGAGAGCCAAAUAUGUCUUUGACUCAGCAUUCCAUCCUGACACUGGGGAGAAGAUGAUCCUGAUUGGCCGCAUGUCAGCGCAGGUUCCAAUGAACAUGACCAUCACUGGAUGCAUGAUGACCUUCUACAAGACGACUCCAGCUGUGUUGUUCUGGCAGUGGAUCAAUCAGUCUUUCAACGCAAUAGUCAAUUACACCAACAGGAGCGGCGAUGCUCCCAUCACGGUCAGGUAUGCUGGCAGCCCGAAUCACGCCUGCACCAACUGCAUUAACUCUUUUCUUGUUUGCAGUCAGCUUGGCACAGCGUACGUAUCUGCCACCACAGGGGCGGUUGCCACCGCUCUAGGACUAAACGCACUAACAAAGCACGUCUCACCUCUGAUUGGACGCUUUGUUCCAUUUGCUGCUGUAGCUGCUGCCAACUGUAUCAACAUCCCACUGAUGAGGCAAAGGGAACUCAAACACGGCAUUCCCAUAACAGACGAGAAUGACAACAGGAUAGGAGAGUCGACAAAAGCUGCGCAGCAGGCCAUCUCUCAGGUUGUGGUCUCAAGGAUCCUCAUGGCCUCUCCGGGAAUGGCCAUCCCACCCUUUUUAAUGAACCAUUUGGAAAAGAAGGCCUUUUUGAAGAGGUUCCCAUGGAUGAGUGCACCUAUUCAAGUCAGCCUGGUGGGAUUCUGCUUGGUGUUUGCCACUCCACUGUGUUGCGCGUUGUUCCCCCAGAAGAGCUCUAUAUCAGUUAGCCGCCUGGAGCCCGAGCUGCAAGAGAAGAUCCGGGCCAGCCACCCAGGACUGGAGAGGGUCUACUUCAACAAAGGGCUAUGAGGGCCCCGCCCAUCCCAGUCUCAACGCCACCAGGGCCAGGUCGCCAGCCCUCCUAAUUCAGUGUGCCACAGUUAAGGUUGCGCCUCCACAUUUCACACAAAUAUCGAUUCUGUCUUGCUUCCGUCAGUGUAAUUUUUAUUUUCUUUAACUGGCUUAGCUGUGCAGGUUUUUUUUUUUUUUGUAAACAUUUGCUACUUUAUGUUUCUGCUGAAAUGUGUUAACUGUUUUUUAAAAACAAUUUUUUGCCACUAAUUAUUCACAAACUUCUGCAAUCGUACUAAACCCACAUUACCUCGUUUUAUUACAUAACUCUUCUGAAAUGUCUUUAUUUUUUGCCAAAUGAGCGUCACUCAAAAAGCUUCUUGACUACUCCAGGGACCCAAGCUUUUUGGAAAUGGCGGCGACCAUUAACGGACCAACUCGGUGCUAUUUGAUACCUUCACGAUAUCAGUGUUCAUCAUUGUAUUUAUUCUGCUUGACAAACAAGCACCAGCAACCACUCCUCACAUCUUUCAACUGACUCGUCAGUCACCACAGUUCCUCAAAUAGUGGCCUAGAGAGAACCAGGAAUGUGUUUAAAAUAUCUACUGUUAUACAAAGCACAUUUGUAAUGUAAAAAAAAGUGUUUAUACAAUAAUUAAAAUCAUAUAAGUGUGAGACCUCAGUUAGCGUCCGCCACAGUUAGCGUGUUUUUCAGCUAAAAUUUUCACCAACAUUUUUGCCUCAGUUUGCGUACAUUUUCUGGUUAGAGUACAAUACGGCUUGUCGCGGUAUUAAUACACUGCGUGAGUCCAACUGUGUUCUUAAUGUAUUUUUGUCACAAUAUGUCCUGUUGGCAUCCUUGGCUUGCUAACAAAAUGGCAACCGGAUGUCAGCUGUGUCGCCCGUGUAUGAUGUCAUCAGCGGGUGACUCAAAAACAUUAACGCAAAACAUGUUUUUGUAGUUUUACAAUGGUUUUUACAUACAUAAAACAUUUGUAAAUGCAUAUAAAUGAUAAAUGAAAGGGGAUAAAUGAACAUUUAAGGUUACUUUUACCUUCAUUGACGACCGUGACUGUUCCCAAAGACACGAUGUGGCAGCUAGAUCAACACCUUUCCUCUUCAACACCACGAGUUACUGUACUUCUUGAAUUCAAUAGUGUUUCUCACCUUAUGUAUCAAAAUUCUGGCAUUUGGAACUUUAUUUUGUGGUGAGAAACAAAAAUGAGUUUGUCAUGGCUGCCGCCAAGAACUAUAAAUGUAAUUUUUGCAAAUUUGCCGUUCGUUUAAAAAAAAAAAAACAAAAAAAACUUCGAAUGUAGGACAUCGUCACCCUAUUAAAAUAAUGGCAUAAGUCAUAUUUUCAAGUUUUUGGGAAAACACAAAAAACUUCAAAUGGUCAAAGUCACUCGCUUGACCGAGGCCAUAAAGAGCACGAUCCUUUCAACUCGGGAUUUAGGCGAUUUUACUAGAGAUGGCAUUAUCAAGAGAUUAUUUAGACCAAAAAGUUUUGUCCCAUUCAUUCAUCAUAUGUAUUUCAAAUUGUUUUCUUCAUGUAAAACUGUACAAAAAUUUGUUUUCUGAUAACAUUUUUGGCUUUCUGGAACAGAUUAAUUGGACUUACAUGAUUUCUUAUGGGGAAAAUUGAUUCGGUUACAGUUGGACCUUCUGGAAGGAAUUAAUGACACGAGCCGAGGUUCAACUGUAUAUUACGAUAUAAGAUUAUAUGUAAGACACGCUCUUUCAUUCCUUUCUUGUUUCCAAACUCUAAUUCUUUUCCCAUCAGUAUUGAAGUGUUAGCAGCUGUUGCUCCAGAAUGCGCGCUCUUUGGACUCUACUGUAAACGUCAGCUUCACAGAUUGUGGUAGUAAAGGUAAUUAAAACCACAUUUUCUUGACGGACAAAAACAUGUGAGCCCUCUAUUUGAGGUGUAGCAAUUUAUUCAAUUGAAGUGGUGAUUAAUUGGGGCACAGCAUCUAUUGAGCAGAGGCCACUAUUUGAGGAACUACGGCAACAAAUUCUCACAUUACAUCCUUCAUGCCUUAUAGUGUCAUUUCCAAAUGUUAAGUUAUAUGCAGCAGAGUUAUAUUUAGAUUAAGGAGACUUCAUUUUUUUCAAGUUAAAAAAAAAGAAAAGAUUAUUAUUGGAGUCCCUUAUGGACUUGAGUAUUUGGUACACUUGUCAAGAUUAUUUCUUACACAUGACGUAGAAUCAUGUCAGUCUGUUGUAUUAACCUCUAGCAGUGUUAAAUAGCUUCUGACCGAGAGUAGGACGAUAAUACCAGAACAUGCACCACUAUCUCGCCUUGUAGGUUCAACAAACAAACAAAAAAAAAAAAACAGAGGACACCUACCUGGGCUGUGGUGGUCAUUUCAUACACCUUCAUCCGGCACAUGAAGAUCCCGAAUCUCGUUCAUGUUUCAUUGGCCCGUUCUCCUUUGUAAAAUCAGGGAUGAGAGAGGGGGUGGGGAAAAAAACAAACUAGACAGGCACAAAACUCACAAACAAGUGUUAUGUUAUGAUUUCAUCCAAUUAAGGCAAAUGUUUACGUCGAAUGUUGGUGAACGUCGAUUCCAUCACUUGUCACGGUGCGAUCACUGUAAAGAUGUUUUAAUCGAAUCUAAAAAUCUAUUAUUGUUGUACUGUACAGGUGACUUUGUUCCCUAGCUGGUAUGAAGUGACUUUUGUUCUUGUCAUCAAGGUAAACUGAAUGUAAUAUUUUCCUGCUACAGCCAAGUCUUUUUGACCAGAAAAAGCACAAUGUUGGAACUCUGAAAUGAAAUGCUGCAUUUUUUGGGGGGGAAUCAGGGUGGUCCCCACCAGAUCAUCUUUUACCAGCUGAGGGAGUAGCACAAGAAGAAUAUUUACAUUUUUACUUGACAUUUCCUGUUUUAAUCUUCUUAACAUGUCUGUGUCCAUUAAGGCCUAAUAGGUCGUUAAUAAAUCUUAACAAAACUACCACAGUGGAACCUUUAAAGUCAAACAAGUUGUUCUAAGUAGAAAAUAAAGUGUAUUAAUUCAUUAGUUCCGGACUAAACUAUGUAACAGACAAAGAAAAACGCAAUAAUAAAAGUAAAAUAAAGUACAACUAACUCACCCUUUGAAGACCGAUGCAUAAUGGAUAGCUGACAGGAAGUUGUUUGCAGAGAACCUCGUGGAGUACCGUACACUUGUCCCUCUCUACAUCAUGGUUCAAACAUCGCUCGCUUAUUUUAUCGUGGGUUUUCAUAAAUUAAUAAAUGAUCACCGUUUCGUGGUUGACUCUGGUCUAUUCGUCCAAAAACAUUGACAGACAAGUCAUAUGUAGUAUUGUGGUCACUAGGCAUCAGUAAUGUUACAUUGAUGACACAUUACCUGAGAUGACAUUACCUUAACACUGCAUGGAGUCAGCCAUGGCAUGUCUCACAUGACAGGGAAAACAAGUUCUCCCGUUCCAUGUGGAAGUGGUAGGUUUUUGGCUUCUUACUUUGUCGUCUUUCCCUGCUCCAUUUCAAACCCUUUAAGUUUAGCAUAAAUAAAUUGGGACAGGCUAACUCGUUAGCGCGGUAGAAUGCUAUGCUUAAAGCGGUGGCCGCCUCUCGUGUCCCUGCAGUGAUCCCGUAGCCUGCGCAUUAGUCAAAGAAUAACAGGAGUGUAAAGGUGACUGUAGGGGUGUUAUUUUACAUCUACAGGGCUGUAACCCAGGUAAAACCCGUAGAAAGCCAGUCAGGUUUUCUAUGCUCUAACUACGAAGAUAUUGUGUUUUGUUAAUAUUGAGUUGCACUUUGUGGAAAUUCACCUGGCCGGGAACUAAUCAACCACGAUAAACAAGGGACGGCUGUAUCGUAUGAUUGUUGGCAAAGAACACAUCUCCCAUACAGUUGCACUCAAACUUAUUCAACCCUCACUGUAAAUUGUGUUAACUUGCUGUAGUUUGCAAUAAACAAAAACUAUUUAAAUAGCUCAACGCAUCUUACGAUUUUUUUUUAUUUUUUUAUCUUACUAAUUUUUAAUUGGCCAUCUACUGGAAGUUUGUACAUUUUGAAAAUAAAUGUAAUUUCUAAUUAGGUAGAGUAACUAAGUUCCAUUUCCAGUUUAUGGUUAUCACCACACUUUUUGUCAUUAUUUGAAGGCAUCACAGCAAACCCAGCGCAGUCAAAGAAAACUAAAACACUUGUGGAGUUAAAUCCUUUUUGAUUCUUACAGUUUGAACUCCACAUUUUUUUGUAUGACUUGUGAGGUUCCACUGUACAGUAAGUGGUACAAAUCACUUGGAAGACUAAGUCACAUUAUGAAUUUCUAAAAAAAAAAAAAAAAAGAAGAUUUAGAUGAAAUGGCAUUUGGUUGUGCAGUAUACUUGAUGUGAUCUUGAUUAAAUAAAACGAACUGGAUGAACUGAGUGUGCCACCUUCAGGUUCUUCCCAACACAGCACAGCGACACCAGUGAAACGUUUUGAUUUUAAUUGCAAGGCACAUUAUGUUUAGAAGAACAAUCAAAGCAAAUCUAAAGCUUAGUUUGGCCGCAAAUGGAGACGCACUACGUGAAGCUUUAUGGACGACGUUCAAACAGGCUGGCGGGAGCUUCAGAAGACAUCAAGCGAACGAGGCAGCAACUAAAUAAAAACUAAACCCGGGCUGCACUAUCGUGUUUUUAAAAAGGCUGAUAAUUGUGCAAAAAUAAAAUCAAAACAAAAGCAGUAUAUCUAAAAUGGUAGCCACUAGGGGAGUCACGAGACACUCAGGUCAUGUGACGAGAUUUUAACAUUACUUUUAAGAAAAGCACAAUGAAAUUAAAAAAAAAAAAAAAUUAAAAAAGCCCAUCCAUGGCUGUAACGCCAGACCAAUCGGAAGGAACACACGAC